UUAUUUAUUUAUUUUAUAUGCAGAGGGCGUAGUCAUUCACGUUCACCAAGUCCAAGGCGAGGCAGAAGUCGAAGCCGUAGUUACAGCAGGGGUCAUAGUUACAGUCGAUCCAGAUCACCUGUGAGGAGAGAAAGGAGUUUGGAGAGAAGAUCAAGGAGCCCUCAAGACAGCCGGAGCCCUAAGAGGCGUAGGGCUUCACCACCACCAUCCAAGGGAAGGAAGCACGAUCGUACACCCGAAGGGAGGAGCCCACGAGUGAGGGGUAGCCUCUCCCCCCAGGAUCGCAGAUCCGAUUACAGUAGGAGUCCCAGGGGAAAGAGCAGAAGCCCUAUUAACGAUGUUGAAGGAGACAAGAACGGGGAUAGGAGGCAUAGAAGCCCUGCUGAAGAAAACGGUCACAGCCGCAGCCGCAGUCGCAGUCGCAGCCCAAGCCCCAUCCGCAGGGGUGAUAGGAGCCCUGUUGAAGAUGAUGAAGAUAACCAUGGUUCUCCAAGAGGCAGUGAAUCAGCUUGAAAGCAGUUUGAUGGCAUACAUAUGCUGGUUUUACAUGACCAUUAGUGUGACAAUUUUCUUGCUUUCAAGUGGAACUUUUUCAAUAUUUUGUUUCCUAGCCCAAAAUUUUACUUCUCUUUUAAGAUGGUGAAUUUGGAUUUCUGUGGGGGCAAUAGGUAAUUUAUGAUUCGGAUCCAGCAAUUUUCUGUGUGAUAUAUUUACAAGAAUUUCUGAAGCAACCAA